AUGAACCGAAGCAGCCGCGUGGCGGUGCGAGGUUCCAUGGUGGAGGGAGCAGCAUUUACAGGCUACAGGCUCCAGCAGGAGCCAGAAGAAGCAAGAAGCGAGGGAGAUCCCACGGGAUCGUCAUACCCAAGGCGAUCCCGCAGCAGUGACCACACGGUCGAACCCAGGCAGAUGCCAAAGAGCCCCAACAACCGUCGACACACGGAGCCCAACGGUGAGCCCCAAACCAACCUAGCCGUACUCCGUAAAAGAAGUGGAAAAUUCGCCUCCAAGAAGACACCGAGGUCAGAAGGGGGAGCAGCGCGCAUUGCAUCUGCGACACUGGUUGACUGGUUUGCGGGACCGGUCGAGUACGCGCUGAAAGUCAGGAAGUGUGUGUGGUGUUGGGCGGAGGAACCUCACCGUUCAGUCGCAGCUUCCCAAAUGCUUCUCCCCCCACCUUAUGUGGUCGCCGGUCACGAUUUUAGCACGUUUCAGAACCUCCGGGGUGAUGAAGCAGCCAGUCAGAGCCCGCAUUCUUGUGUCCCUGAGCCGCAGGGGUCCUCGGAUGAGAUCCGCCCCUCUCCAUCCCAACAGGCCAAUGAGAAGACGUAUUUAGUGCCUCCCGCAACGUCUUCUACUCCUUUCGGCGCUCUUACUCUCAUCUCUGGCCUCCCAUUGGGCAUCUUGGUUACCGCACCUCCAUCGCACCUCCAUCUCGUUCCUCCCGGACCUUCUCCCGAAGACGGUCAUCACUUCCUUUCUCUAAAAUCUGAAAGCGCGUUCCUCCUCCUCUCGGCUGUCAGUGUCACGAGUGUCAACUCAUGA